AUGGCCGCUACCUCCAUAUCGACCGUCAACUCAUCUGUCAAAUACAACCUGGCAGCCUCCUCGACAUUGUUCUUCACCACAAUAUCAAGUGCACAGCCUGCCUCGACCACUGCGGCAUCCAAGGCAGAGAGCACCCUCGCUAUGACUAAUGCUACUUCGUCCUCUGCCCCUGCUUCGCCUACAACAUCCUCAGCAGCAACAAUGACAUCAAGUAGCGGUGGAAUGUGCAAAACUGUUAGCGCCGGACCUAGUAGUAACAACAACAGCAGCAAUAACAACAACAGUAACAACGGAAGCAUUAGCACUAGCUCAUUCCAAAAGUCCAUUGUGCAGCAGCGGCGUCAACCCUUCGGCCCGCCUCUGCGCCUGGCUAUCCAUCAACGCCGCAACCAGCACCGGUCUAUCUAUGGUCAUGGCCACCCCUUCAUGCAACAGAUUCAGAAUCACAUUCGCACCAACAGCCAAAGUUAUUACCACCUCCUCAGUCCCGGCUACAAACAGACACAGUCCAUGCAGCUUGCUGGCAAGCUCGAGGAUGUCAUGUCGAACCCGUUGCUGCAGGGUCCGUUGAAGGGAGCCAACAGCAGCACGGAUCUUAUGUCAAAGAUCAACGCAUAUGAGCACGAUGACAUUAAAGAGGAGCAGGCUGAGGAGCAGCAACAGCAGACCUGCUGCUCAGAUUAUGUAUACACGGCCCCGUGUGAGCACCAUCCAUCCAAGGGUCAGACAGAAUAUCUCAUCAACGACAUGUUUCCAAAGCUUGAGGCAAGUUGA